UAAUCAAAUUGAAUCGUUUAGUCGAUUUUAGGUUGUUCGCAAGAGCAGAGAAACUUGAUUCUUUCAAUCAAGUAUUUAUCCUGUCAUUGUACAUUGGUAUCAGACUCGUUCGAUCCAUGGAGGUGUUUAAUGAAAUUGAUCCACUUCAACAGAUCUCUGAAAUUCCAAAUUUAUCAAAUGAAAAAUGGGUAGAAAUGAAUGGAAAAUUGGUACCAAUACUGAAAUUGGAAAGGUUAGCAAGUGAUGAAUUUGACACUUGCGUUGAAUGGUAUCUGUUUUAUUUGAUGGACAAGAACUGUCUAGAUCGAGAGGAUGGCCUUAGGAGGUGGGGCAAAUCUUUAGACAGGGCGGAGAAGAAAUUGGAUCAGAUCAUGUUUCUUAAUGAUAAUGCUUUAUCUCAUCCACCUCCUCGCCGAGUGAAAGUUGCUUGGACGGAUAGUGAUGAAUUUUCGGAGUUGAUUCCUUCAUUUCUGUUCGAUGAGGAAGAGGAUAAAUCAAAGAUUGGGUUUAUUUCUGAAAGGGAAGUAGUUACAAAAAAAUAGGGUUAAAUCAAUUUCUUCUGUUGUUGUCGAGGAAAACGUUUAUUCAACUGAGUCUGAGAAUUUUCAAUUCGAAGAAAUUGUUGAAGCUGCGGUGAAUGAUAUUGAAGGGAAAAAUCAGAUUGAAUUCAGUGAGCGUUUUAACCUUAUUCUCAAUUCUUCUUAUAACAUAUUUGAUCCUGGAAAAGAGAAAUUCCAAGUUAAUUCUAAGUUGGGUUUUUGUUUUCUCGGUGAUUUGAAAUUUUUGGGUAGAUUUUUUAAGGAAAUUUUUCAGGAACGGGUUAAUAAGAAUGGGUACUUACCAACUUCAUCGUUUACUACUUCAAUUGCGAGUAUACUAGAUAAUAAUGGUGUUAUUGAUACUGCUAUAAAUUUGAAUACAACCGUUUGUUUCUAUCUUUAUUCUGCUUCUACUUGUUCUGUAUUCGACCCAGGAAAGUGGAUUGGUGAGUCAGGUUUAAAACAGGGGUAUCAAUUCGAUUUGUUUUUUAUGGACUCAAUUGCAUAUGUAUUCGUUCAGAAUGUUGAUACUGCUAAGAUAGGCAAUCUAUUUUAUUAAAAUGCUUCAAUGGAAUAUUAUGUGUUUCCAGAAGAAAGGUGUUAGCAGUCACCAAAUGGCUAGUGAGAAAUCUUCUCACCCUUGUUUCAAAUUUACAAGUAGAGUAUUUGAUCGUGGGAGAGAUAUUGAAGUGAUGUAAGCAUAUUAUUGUUUUGAUUGUUCUUAUGCUUUCCAUGAAUAUACAAUUACUUCUUGUGAACUUGUUCUUCAUGGGUCAGAUUCAUGGUCUAGUACUUUAUUUGGUUGUAUAUCAGCUAGAGGUGAUGUUUUUAGUAAAAUGCCUGAAAGUGAAGCUUGGAGUUCGAUUGUUGGCGAAGAUUGUUUUCUCUUUCGACUUCAAAUGGUGAGUUACAAGGCACUACUAGAUGCAUGUCUCUUCAUGGUCCUGAAUUCUACACGCAGGCUAUAUGAUUGUGCCAAAGUGUUAGAUGUUCUUAAAGGGAUAUUCUCCUUUGCUGACACUUAUAAAUUUGGUGUUCGUACAAAUACUUCUUGUGACAUGGGUCUUGAUAGAUCAAUUCUAAUGGAUACUUAUAAUGGAAAAUAGGUUUAUGAGCUGGUUUAUCAAAUUGGCUACCUGUCAGAUUGGAUGUUUAGUGCUUCAUUUGUUUAUCUGUCAGCUAAGAGAGGUGUUAUUAAUACUGCAUGGAGUUUGUCUGGUAAAAUGCUUCUUAAGGGUAAUUUUUCUUAUGAGAACUUGAUUUUUGUGCUGAUUCCUAGCUUGGGAUACCUCUCCGACUUUUCAUCUAAGCCAUUCAUUGUUCCUUUAUGUGUUAUUGGUACUGACAUUGUUGCGGAGUGGAAACUGACUGUUACAAUAGUUGCUAGAAAUGAAAUUUUGGGUACAUCUGAUGUGAGUACAAUAUGGAGUUGGGAGGGUGAUGCAACUGAUAUUCUUUUGCAGCUUCGCUAUGGUUUGUUUUUUGCUACAGGACACACAUGGGAUGACAGUUGUACCGGUGGUAAGCUAUACUAUCUUUCCGCGUAUAUUCGCCUCAUAUUUGAUCGUGGUAAAACAAGUGAACCUGUUGAGAGUGGUACUGUUUUUGAUAGAAAUAAUUCGAAAUUCUAUUCUAUUUCUGGUUCGAUUGUUAGUAGUGGGUUAUUUCUCACAGAUGCUUGUGAAUGCAUAUCUACUCAUGAGCUGAUUUUGGAGUUUCGGUACCAUUUGGUUUCGUUAUUCGAUUUUUCAAAUGUUUCCUUGUCGUCUGCAAAUGGAGAUACUCGUAGUGUUUGUGAGAUGUCUGAUGAAGUGCCCACGCGGAAUGUCAGCAACACUAUGCUCCUGCAAUGGCCUGGUGAUGGUGACCCUGUGGAGUUUGCUGCGGAAGUUGCAAUGCUUCUUACUACAAUGCUGCAGGUAGGGUGCUUGCGCUGGAAAUUCAGAUUGGUCUCCACUGCUUUCUGCAGCAUAAGAAAUGGCACUAGUACUAUUUGUAGUAGGUUAGUGUUUGAUAGAGGAAAAGUGCAGCUCACUGAGAAGGCACCUGAUCUAUUUGUUCCCCUGCAUGUGGUGCUGACAACGGACUGUCACUGGACAAUUUUCAGCUUGAUUGCAGUACAUUUUGAUGCUCCUUUAUAUUAUGUGCUGAUGAGUAUUCAUGGGGGUGGUUGGAACUUAAAUGGAUCUACACCAAGUUCUUUUGUCACUGAAAUCUCUGUUUUCAAAUUCCUCAUUGUAUUCACAACGGCGGUGACGAGAUAUCACAAGAAGGUUACAAUAUGGCCUUCCAAGGGUUAUCUUCGUAGUCAACUUCUGGGAGUUAAGAGUCAUGGUUGGGAAGCUAGCUUAUUUCUUUAUAUCUGAGGCCAAGAUUGUGUUCCCAACUGUUCCAGAGUUCAGACAACUUACACCAGGGGUAGUCAGCACUGUACAAGUUCAACGUGGAGCUUAUGCAAAGUGCACAGAAGAAAAACUCAUGACAACUCCAAUCUCCUUGGUGUCAGACAGUGAGCAUAUUCUCUCGGGUAAUUUUAUCUUCGUCGCUCGCUACUUUGGAAGCUGCAGUCUCGGAUGCUUACCAUCAUGUACUGGCAUAAGAGAGGAGAGUGACCUGGCAGCUCUGUUCACAUCCUUAAGGACAAGGAUGUUCCGAAGGGGUAGGGAAUGUCAUGUAUCGGCAUAAGAGAGGAGAGUGGCCCUUAUCAUAAUCAGGGUGGUAACUAGUCCUUAAUAUUAAUUGUUGUUAGUAGUUAAUUAGAGAUAAUUAUUAGUUAAUGAUAGUUGUAAUUGAUGGUUGGGAUGUAACCAUCUGUGAGGCUUAGGAUCGUUAGAUCUAGUUGGGGGAAACCUAGCUAUAAGAAGUCAGAGCAGAGAAAGAAUCAAGUAUUUAUCCUGUCAUUGUACAUCUGGGUACGUGACAUUUCGUGACCGUCAGGACAAGUCAGAUAUACGAGUUAAAUGACUUGUUUUAACGGUCUCAGAAAUGGUCGUUGUUUGAGCGUCUUUUUCAUCUAUGACAUGGCCGUGCGGGUCGCGGAACAACCUAUGUCAGUGACUGAUUUUAACAGUCAAGGUGUUAGGACUGACUACCAUCGGUCGUAGAUAUACAUUUAAAUAUAUAUAAAAA